GGUAUCGCAAGGACUCGGGGGAUUUCGGGAAAUCCAGUAACCCACACUGCUGCUGAGAAGGGCUAUACUGAAGAAGUCAAGCAGGAUACCGUUAAUAUGAUACCUGACAAAGACCUAAUUAACAAUGAUGCCAGUCACAGGAGCAAGUCAGGCUGUCCUGUUCACACACCUUCAGUGACUGGCAAUGGGAAAUGUACAACACAUGGAAAACAUGGAGAUGACACCAAGGUCAAGAUGCCUGAAGGGAAGUGCAAACCACUACCUCUAGAGUGGUGGAAGACUUUUAUUGCACUCACCUAUGCUGUGUUCAACCUGGUUUUAACCACUGUCAUGAUCACAAUUGUGCAUGAGAGGGUCCCUUCCAAAGAGAGCAGCCCCCCUUUACCAGACAAAUUUUUUGACUAUAUUGACCGUGUGAAGUGGGCCUUUAUGGUGACAGAAGUGAAUGGGAUCAUUCUUACAUGUAUUUGGUUUGUACAGUUGACAUUUCAUAAAUACAGGGCCAUUGUGGCCAGGAGGUUUUUCUUCAUCAUGGGCACUUUGUAUUUGUACCGCUGCAUUACCAUGUACAUCACUACCUUGCCUGUACCAGGAAUGCAUAUGACCUGUGCUCCUAAGCUACAUGAUGACUCCCAGGCGAAGUUGCAGCGCAUUCUACAACUUAUUUCUGGGGGUGGCCUGUCACUCACUGGUUCACACCUCUUGUGUGGGGAUUUUCUCUACAGUGGCCACACAGUCAUGCUUACUCUGAGCUACCUUUUUAUCAAGGAGUACUCACCACGUUCCUUCUGGUGGUACCACCUGAUGUGUUGGCUUCUGAGUGCUGUGGGUGUGGUGUGUAUACUUGUAGCUCAUGAACACUACAGUGUGGACGUGGUUGUAGCAUACUUCAUCACUUCCCGGCUUUUCUACUGGUACCAUACUAUGGCCAAUGUACAGGCUCUGAGGUCUUCACCAAACAACUAUCUCACCCACACAUGGUGGAAUCCGGUGUUUAACUUUUUUGAGAGGAAUGUGCAGACCCAAGUGCCUUGUUGCUUCUGUUCUCCCAUCACCUGUCCUCCUACUUGUUUAAACAAUCAUUGUAAGAAGUAUUCUGCAGUCCAGAGUAUCUCUGAGGAUUGAACAACCCAUGUGAACAGCAUGACAUUUACAUACAAAAUUAAGUUAACAUUGACAAAUGUCCUUUUCUGACAAAAGCCUUUCUGACAAAAGUACCUUAGCUGUGGUUAUCAUCUGGCUUUCAUCAAUCAUUGAUUGCAAAAGAAAUAAUGCAAAA